UUCCGAUGGCGAUGAGUCGUGUAGCUUCUACAGCAGCUCGGGCUAUUACUUCACCUUCAUCCUUAGUUUUUACCAGAGAACUUCAGGCUUCCCCUGGCCCCAAAAAGAUUGUGGGUGUUUUCUACAAAGCAAAUGAAUAUGCUGAAAUGAACCCCAACUUUUUGGGCUGUGCAGAAAAUGCCUUGGGGAUACGUGAAUGGUUAGAAUCUAAAGGUCAUCAGUACAUAGUCACUCCUGACAAAGAAGGACCAGAUUGUGAGCUUGAGAAACACAUUCCUGAUCUCCAUGUGUUGAUUUCGACCCCUUUUCAUCCUGCCUAUGUCACGGCUGAAAGGAUCAAGAAGGCAAAAAAUCUACAACUACUGCUGACAGCUGGAAUUGGAUCAGAUCAUGUUGAUCUGAAAGCUGCUGCUGCUGCUGGAUUGACAGUAGCAGAGGUCACUGGAAGCAAUACUGUCUCAGUUGCGGAAGAUGAACUGAUGCGAAUCUUAAUUCUUGUCCGAAAUUUCUUGCCUGGACAUCAUCAGGUUAUCAAUGGGGAGUGGAAUGUUGCUGCAAUUGCGCACAGAGCUUAUGAUUUGGAAGGCAAGACUGUUGGAACUGUUGGUGCAGGACGUAUUGGCAGACUUUUACUCCAACGAUUGAAGCCAUUUAACUGUAAUCUACUUUACCAUGACCGUCUUAAGAUGGAUUCUGAGCUAGAGAAUCAAAUUGGAGCAAAGUUCGAGGAAGAUCUCGAUAAGAUGCUCUCGAAAUGUGACAUAGUGGUCAUCAAUACGCCUCUUACAGAGAAAACAAAAGGAAUGUUUGACAAGGAAAGAAUUGCAAAGUUGAAGAAGGGAGUUCUAAUUGUAAACAAUGCUCGAGGAGCAAUUAUGGAAACUCAAGCAGUUGUUGAUGCUUGUAACAGCGGUCAUAUUGCAGGAUACAGUGGAGAUGUUUGGUACCCACAACCAGCUCCCAAGGACCAUCCAUGGCGCUACAUGCCAAACCAAGCUAUGACUCCUCACAUUUCUGGGACUACCAUUGAUGCACAGUUGAGGUAUGCAGCUGGAACAAAGGAUAUGUUGGACAGGUAUUUCAAGGGUGAGGAUUUCCCUGCUGAAAAUUACAUUGUCAAGGAUGGGGAAUUGGCACCUCAGUAUCGCUAAAUUAUUAAUGUACACCUUAGAGUUGUGUCUAGAUUUCUGUGUCAAAUAAACUGGCAAGCUGCGUCUUCAAUAAGCUGAUAAAAUUGGCUACUUAUGUUCUUUUAGAA